AUCAAUCAAUGUCAAAGUGGCACAUUUUUAUGCUCGGUGGUUUCAUUCAUUACUGUGGAUUUUAGUUAAUAUUUUAUUCGUGUUACAAAAUUUUAAAAUGUAUACAGUCUCUAAAGGACCUAGCAAGAUUGUCGCGAAAACUCGAAGAGGUCUCUCACAGAAUCUAGAAAGGUUAGACAGCCGUAAAGACUACAACAGGAAAUCCUCAGAAUCCGAUAAUGGAGAAAUAAUCAGCAUGCCCAAACCAGUAUUUCAUUCCAAUGGUAAAAAGACAGUGCACCAAAGAAUACAACACAAUGUGAUAACACCAGAACAUGAAGAAAUAAUUAGAUACAUAAGUGAAACUUGGACACAAACAGCAAAUGGAGACAGUGAGCCUUCAACACCUACAAGUACAAUUGGGUCAGGCAGUUCGUCCCCCGCACCACCUUCCAGCCUGUACUACCAGGACGACGCGCCCGGCGCCGUGUUGCGCGACUUCAAGCCCUUCGACCUCGAGACCUGGUGGGGCAAGCGACUCUUCCAGAACAUCACCAGCUCGCUCUGAACACCACGGCGCCAAGCGAACAGAGAGGGAACAUGAACCGUUUCGGUAGCGUAAGUCACAAUCAAUUGCAGUUUACUAAAUUUUAUAUACAAUUUUAACUUACAAGUAAAUGUGCUUGUUCGGUUGUGUCAAUCUCUAAGGCACCAUAGUCUGGCCGUACCACCAAAUUCGAUACAACUAAGUCCCGGUCACAUUAACGGCCAACAACGCGAUGUUCAAUGGCGUUUCACGUUAAACGCAGAUGUAGCCACGAUCAACGUACAACGGCAUUCACAAUGCCGUUUGGCGUUAGACGACUUUAACUCCAAUUCAAUUGACAUUAGAUGUUAACUGUUCAAGUGAGGCCACUCAGUUUAACGCGUUGAUUAUGCGAUAAUUAUGGCGUUAUUGGGCAUUGACGUUAGUUAACCUUAAUGUAGCCGCAAGAUUAUAGACCAAUAUCCACUAUCGCCAAAGUUAAGUAGAUCAGACUCGUUGCGAAUCCCUCGCCCGUAGUAAUGGCGCCUAAACUAAAUUGACAGAUCUAAAAUUAGUGAUAUUCUGACGUUUUUCUAUCAUGGUUUCCAUUUUCUAGUUUAUCUGAAAGAGAUUGCUUCUUAACGAUAAGGCUGGCUAUUGUACAAUAUUUUUUCAAUAUACUGCUGUACAGUAAAGAGUAAUUUCAUUUCAUAUCCUUUUCACAAUGUAGGUACUGUGCUGCAAGGAUAGCAUUGGAUACUUUUAGAACUGUCGAUUUAAUUUAAUUCGAUCGAUGUCUAAACUGACAAGUCUUAAAAAUAGAGCUAUCCUUUUCACAAUGUACUGUGCGGAAAAGGAUAGCAUUGGAUAUUUUUAGAACUCUCAAUUUAGUUCAGUGUAAAGGUUGUAUACAGCCAAAUUAGCACUCAAAAAAUGUAUUUUUGUGAUGCUGUUUUUAUCCAUGUGACAUUAAAUGUUAUGUAAAUGUUUCAUAGUCAUUGGCAUAUCAAAAUAUGUAAAAACCCUUAUUUUUUUUGUGAAAUAUCCAAGCCUUGCAAGUUGAGACUAUUGGCAAAUUUAUUCCUGCCCUUAAGGUGUCUGUCCAUCGGCGCAGAGAGGAGAGGAGCGGAGCAAAGAUGUAUUCACUCGACCAAUCCGAUUUAUUUUUAAGAGAUGAUGUCGUAAUUUUUCAAGUCCUCUAAUAAAAAUCUGGGAUUGUUAAACACAUCUCUGGCCAUCUCCGCUUUGGUGAAUACCAGGCCUAAACCAGAUCAAUCAGAUUAUUGAUAGACUUGACAAUUUAAUCAUGCUAUUCCUCAAAAAUCUGAUUAGUUGACUGAACACAUCCGCUCUGCUCUGGCUCGUUUUAGUUGACAGAUACCUUUAUGCCAGAACAAACUUAUAUAUAUCAGAUGCUUUAGGGCUUAAAAUUUAUAUUUUUUAACAUAGAAGUAUAAAAAAAAUUUAGUAAUCUACAGCUGAUUGUGGAUCUCAGUAGGUAACACCUUUAAAAUAAGAAAAAAUAUUUCCAAAGCUCAAUAAUUAUAUUCGCAACUGGCUUUGCAUUGUUGUUCGAACCAAUAUUCUUUAAGAUAUGUUGCAUUGUAUGAAUGUUAUUUUUUUUUUUCAUGAAAUAGUUCCAUUUUUUUAAAGUUACAGCUUUUAAAGUAUUGAAUCACAUGAAUUUUAUGCCAAAGAGUUUUAAUGAAAAAAAACAAUCAGUUUAUUUGACUGCCAUAUUAUGCUUGAAUAUAACAAUUAUAUUACUAUUAUUAUAAUAUAACUAUUGUUAUUUAAACAUACAAAUAUUAUAUUUAUAAUCAAUUAUGUACGCCUUGUACGAUUUUUUUUCUUGUGAGCUAAUUCCAACAUGCCUUAUAAUUGUAUACCUUGUUGUAUAAUAUAUCUAUAGAUAUAAAAUGUUUUUGUAUUCAAAGCAAUACUGAAAUGUUUUUGUGUAAAAAAGCCAUGUAUUUUACACCUGAAUGUUUACUUAGAAAUUUCUAAAAUAACGCUUGAUAAGAUUUUUAUGUAAAUUAAUAGAUUUUUUUUCAAUGAAAUUUUAUUUCAAAUUUAAUUAAACGUAUCGCUGAUAUUUUGUUCUAUAUAAACCGAUGUAUGAAAGUGCUAACUCCGCGGAUUAGGCCCGGUAUCCACCAAAGCGGAGAUAAUCUAAGAUGUGUUUAGCAAAACAAUGAGAUUAUUUAACAGUUGGCGCUAUAAUUUUUGCUGAUGAUUUUCACGCCAGCUGAUUUGCUGAACACAUGUCCGCUCCACUCCGCUUAAGUGGAUAUGGAGCCUUAUAUUGGAAUAAAUGAAUCGAGAAAUAGUACGUGUAUAUUUUAAAAUUUCUAAGUAAAUAAAAUCUCUUAAUAAUACGUUUUCAUCACAGUUUUUUCUUAUACAAAUAUCUUUACAGCUGUUAACAAUGUCAGUAUUUUUAAUCAUGACUGUGUUUCUAGCUUAUAUGCAGUGAAUAAAUUAUUAAUAGCACAGACAGGUAAAAUUGUUAGACGGAGCCCUGACGAAUGAACUUAUUCUAAUAAGUGAAGCCAAAGAGAGCCUGGAGUGUGUCCUUUUGCGCCAAAAACUGGUUUCGAAAUUGUAACAUUUUGUAGUCGUUUUACACCUGUUAUAUUCAUGUAAAAGUCAUGAUUUUACAGAAAAUAUUUUACGUUUUCUACGAAAACUAUAAGUCGCGAUAAAAAUAUUGGUAAAAAAUGUAGGGUCAUUUUAUAAGUAAUCAUGAAAAAUGCAUAGUGAAUGUCAAGACAUCCGGGCAUCCAUAUUCCAUAGAAAUUGAUAAAUCCAACGCCAACCCCAGUUUGUAAAUUGUUUAUUUAAAAACUUUAUACUCAAUGCAAAUCGCGCACAGGCAAUUAGGAAAGUCACUUUGUAGAAAGCGGCUUCUUCGGGCCCUUUACCGUCUACCUGUUUCCUUUAGUCUGAGAUGAAAUUGUUAAAUGAUCUUUUAAUUAUUGUUAUGUUUUAACUGCUUCUAGUGCUUGAAGCGUGUAAAUGUCUUCCAUAUUGAUCGGAUAAUUUUAUACGAAUCUUUGGAAUAUUGGUUUUAUGUUCCAUUUGUUUUGGCUGUUUUCAUAAUGACAUGGUUUAUUUAUCUAUGUAUUAGUCUAUGUCAGUACGAUAUCUGUUUUAUGAAUAUGGAAUCGACUUCAAGUUCUGUCGGUGUAUGUCCGACUUAUAGUUUCGAUCAUGUGCGUUCUAAGUCGAAAUGUCGCUGCGCAAUAUGAGCUGUAGCUCAUAUUGCUCAUAUUGUAGCUCAAUUUGUCGGGCAUACACCGACACACGAACGGAUAUGAAAAUUAAAAUCAGGUUAAUUAUUAUUAUUGUUUAAAAUUACCAUGAGUUCCACUCACAACAAUUUC